UUUCCUCUGAAAAGUAAAUCAAAAUCAAAUACCCAAACAAACUGAUAUUUUCACACCAUACCAAAAAAAAAAAAAAAAGAUGAAGCGAAGCUUUCUCAACAGAGAAGUGGAGAAUAAUAUAGCUUUGGCAAAUUGUUUGAUGCUCCUUUCACAAGGAGGAAUCGGGUACGAACAAACCGAGACCAAUAUUAUCCCGACUCGGAUUUUCGAGUGCAAAACGUGUAACCGGCAGUUUCAAUCGUUCCAAGCUCUAGGAGGCCAUCGGGCCAGUCAUAAGAAGCUUAAGUUGGGGGAAGCGGACGGCGAGAAUCAACCAUCGCCAAUUAAGCCUAAGACGCACGAGUGCUCGAUUUGCGGGCUUGAGUUUGCGAUCGGGCAAGCGUUGGGCGGACAUAUGAGGAGGCAUAGGGGCGUUGCGAGUGAAAACCAGCAUGGUUCUUUGAAUUCGUCUGGUGAAACGGUGAUGGUGUCGCCGAUUGUGAAGAACUCUAAUAGCAGAAGAGUUUUGUGUUUGGAUUUGAACUUUACUCCUUUGGAGAAUGAUUUGGGAUUGUUUGGCAAGGCAGCUCCAACAAUAAAUUUUUUCUUAUAAACUAUAUUAUUAAUUAUUA